AUGAUAUUAUAAUUUAGGCACCAACCGAAUCGUGUAGCGGAACUUAUUUGUCUAUGUAUAAAGGGUACUAUAAAAAUGACUUAACAAACGGACGCAGGAGGUUGCAUGCUACUCUAUGUUAAGACAUGUUCAUGUGUGCAUACUAGCCGCCAGCAGCACGUCUGUUUAUUUAGUUUUGACUGUGUAAAGUGCGGACUAUGGCAUCGAGGUGACGUAGUGAGGCAAGUGCAGUUUUACGCUUAG